CAGAAUUCCUUCGUGUAACCUCGCGCUUCUGUCUUCCUGUUUGGGUGCCGCAGCAGGAAAAAUGGCAGCUGAGACUGGGCGAUACAGGACUGCAGUUACCAAAAACAAAGACCCUUCUGGUCUUCUCAUCUCUGUCAUAAGGACUCUGUCCAGCAGUGAUGAUGUGCAGGACAGGGAGACAGAGAAGGGUCGUCUGGAAGAGGCCUUUGAGACAUGCGACAGGGAUUUAGAUGAGCUGAUUGUUCAGCACUAUGCUGAACUAACCACUGCCAUCAGGACCUACCAGAGCAUCACCGAGCGCAUCACCAGCUCCCGCAACAAGAUCAAACAGGUGAAGGAGAACCUACUGUCUUGUAAGAUGCUUCUCCACUGCAAAAGGGAUGAACUAAGGAAGCUGUGGAUAGAGGGCAUCGAGCACAAGCAUGUCCUCCAGCUGCUGGAUGAAAUCGAAAGCAUCAAGCAGGUCCCUCAACGGCUGGAGGCAUAUAUGGCAAGCAAGCACUACCUUCAUGCCACAGAUAUGCUGGUGUCAGCUGUGGAGUCCUUGGAAGGCCCCCUGCUGCAGGUGGAGGGGCUUGGUGAUCUGCGCCUGGAGCUCCAUGGCAAGAAGCUCAACAUCCACCUUGUACUCAUUGAUGAGCUGCACCGACACCUCUACAUCAAAUCCACAAGUCGCCUAGGACACAAGAACAAGGACAAAAAUGCUGUUCGCCUUCCAGGCUCCACUCCCAAAGACACAUCUCCAAUGCCUGUGUUGGAUGUCAGCAGUCUGUCCACCCCACGCAAGCUCUUGGAUUCAUCACAGUUCAGCACACCUGGAUCCAGCAGUGUGCGUGAGCUGCAGCAGGAUGUGCGGGAGUUAAACCAAGCGGAGCUCUCUGAGGUGGAUCCAGAGGAGAACAGUGCUGAGUUCAUGGGCAUCCUGAUCAAGGCUCUGGCCAAGUUGAAGAAAAUCCCUGAGACCAUCAAAGCCAUAAUGGAGCGGCUGGAACCUGAGCUGAAACAGAUCGUCAAGAGGUCCACCACUCAGAUAGCAGACCAUGCUUACCAGAGAGGAGAGAACUUGGCCCAGGAGAGCAAGCCCAGGCUGCUGCUGGAACUGCUGGAGCUUUUGUUUGAUAAAUUCAAGGCAGUGGCCCAGGCUCACAGUGUGGUUUUGACCCACCUGCAUCAGAUCGCAGUGCAGUGCCAAGGCGGGGCCCACAAUGAAGGCAUCAAACUCUACGAGCAGGCCGACGUCUCUGCCAAGAUCCAGACAGUGCUGCAGGUUCUGCUUAUGGAGUAUCUGGACGUGAAGAACAGCCGCAGUGCCACAGAGCCAUCGGCUCAACUCUCUUAUGCCAGCACUGGCAGUGAGUUUGCUGCCUUUUUUGCGAAGAAAAAACCACAGCGUGCCAAGCAGUCGCUCUUCAAGUUUGAAUCAUCUUCCCAUGCCAUCAGCAUGAGUGCCUACUUGAGAGAGCAGAGGCGAGAACUCUACAGCAAGAGUGGAGAAUUACAAGGUGGUGCUGAUGACAACCUGAUUGAAGGGGGAGAAAUGAAGUUUGUGUGUAAACCAGGAGCGAGGAACAUCACCGCCAUCUUCCAGCCUCUUCUCAGGUUCAUUCAGGAGAUAGAGAUGAACAUGGGGCCAGGUCAGGCCAAGCAGUGCCAGCUCCGAGCCUUCCUCACUUACUACAUCAAUGACCUCUUCCUCAACCAGGUGCGAACGGAGAUCAACAAGGAAAUUGAGGCAGUGAGCAAGGCAGCUGACCCUUUGAAGAUCCUUGCCAGCGCUGAUACCAUGAAGGUGCUGGGCGUCCAGAGACCCCUGCUGCAGAGCACGGUGGUAGUGGAGAAGUCCAUCCAGGAUCUAAUGAGUCUAAUGCAAGACCUGAGUGCCUACUCCAACCAGUUCCUUGAGAUGGUCUGCGACAAGCUCAAAGAGUACAAGGAAAUCUGCAACACAGCCUACAGGGGUGUAGUCCAGUGUGAGGAGAAGCUCACCAUCAGUGCUUCCUGGUCUAAAGACGAGGACAUCAGUCGUCUGCUCCAGUCGCUCCCUAACUGGGCAAAUAUGGCCCAACCCAGACAGACGCGACAGAAGAGAGAGGAUGAAGAGGACUUUACUCGGGCGGCUUUUGCUAAGGAGUCGGAGGUGCUGACUGGGAACCUAGGAGACAAGUUAAUCCCCCAGAAUGAGAUCUUGCGGGACGUCAGUGACCUGAAGGCUCUGGCCAACCUUCAUGAGAGCAUGGAGUGGCUUGCUGGUCGCCUUAAGACCUUCUUCACUAACCUGCCUCAUACCUCCAGUGCUUCUCCAUGCUCAGCAGACAGCCAGGUGGUUGGUCAGAGUGAACGUAGCAGGGAGCAGAUUCUCCAGACUCUAAGUGACCUGUCAAGGGGGUUCCAGGAUAUUGCAGACCGCUGUCUUCUGGUAUUGCACCUGGAGGUCAGGGUGCAUUGUUUCCAUUACCUGAUCCCCCUGACUAAGCAAGGCAAUUAUGCUAUCGUGGCUAAUGUGGAGAGCAUGGACUACGACCCACUGGUGGUCAAACUGAACAAGGACAUCUCAGCUAUAGAGGAGGCCAUGGGAGCCGCCCUGCAGCAGCACAAGUUCCAGUACAUAUUUGAAGGUCUGGGUCAUCUGAUCUCCUGUAUUCUAAUCAACGGGGCCCAGUACUUUAAGAGGAUCAGCGAAUCUGGUAUCAAAAAGAUGUGCAGGAACAUCUUUGUCCUCCAACAGAACCUCACCAACAUCACCAUGUCCAGGGAGGCGGACCUCGACUUUGCCAGGCAGUACUAUGAGAUGCUGUACAACACUGCAGAUGAGCUGCUGAAUCUGGUGGUGGACCAGGGUGUUCGCUACACAGAGCUGGAGUACAUCAAUGCCCUGUCCUUACUCCAUCGCAGCCAGACAGGUGUAGGGGACCUGAGCACCCAAAACAUCCGGCUGCAGAGGCUGAAGGAGAUCAUCUGUGAGCAGGCUGCCAUCAAACAGGCGACCAAGGACAAGAAGAUCACUACAGUGUAAUGAUUAAACAGGACAUGCUCCAGAGGGGGGGGGGGGGGAUGAUGACCAAUCAAGAAAUCUCUGUCCCACACAUUUUUUGUUUCAGCUCCUUCAGAUCUGUCUAGCAGGAUCAUGUGCAGCAGAUAAUUGGGUCUUGUGUGCAAGAGUAAGGAAUGAUAGAGCAAAAAGUUGCAGCACAGGGGAUAUUUAGCAAUUGGGUUAGAAAACACAGAAAUAGAGGCGUGAUCUAAAACUAGAUCAUAAUGUGUGUGAAAUAUGUUGAUGGAAAGUGUGUCUGCUCCAUUUCUGUGAUGAAACACAUUGUAGUCGAGGGUUGGCACAGAUAUACUUUCCAACUCUGGGCAUGUAGAUUAUAUACUGUAGAUAUAUAAUAUAUAUGACAGUGUAUGCAGCACUGGCUCACUCUAAUUCAAUCUAAAGUGAGAUGUCAUAAGGUAACCUAUAUUGUCAAUUUACACUUUUCAAAAGACACAACAAAUGCAGCACUCGCGCUCCGACUCCAACAGUCCCCUCCGACUCCAGCUCCAGAUAAUCGGCGAUUGUCUUGGACACUCACCCAAACUUAGGCCCCAUCUCAUCUCAUUUUCCUAUUAGAUCUAAACUGCUGCUCUCAAUUACACCUCUGUCUCUCCUCUCCUGGCAGCCCCAUGGGCCCACUGAUUCUGUCUGCAAUAACAGAUGCCAGAUUAGACUAUCUGAAUGAGGCCACAUCUUUCGCCUGCUGCCAAUUUGGGUUGGUCCCCAUAGAUUUCCCUAGCUGAGAAUUGUAUCAUAUCUAUGGCUGUUAAAAUCUAUUUAUCUGUUUUUUUCUUAUAGUUUGUGCAGUAAACUAGUGUGGAAAGUUGUGAGCUGAUUAAUUUUUUUUUUUUUUUUUUUUUUUAACAAAUUGGACAACAGAGACUCAGUAAUGAAGAUAUUUUUUUUGCUGAUUUCAGUUUCAUCCUUUCAUAAAACAGGAUUUUAUUUCAGAUGUUAUAUUUCAAGUCCAGCCCACCACAGUGGAAUGACUCGCACUUUUUCUGUCAUGGCAUGUGUGUGAGAAUGCAUUUCGUCAGUCAUACUAGCUCUAUAAACUGAAACGAUGCAAUUCUAAAUCUUGUUGUCCCCACUACAUGUGUGCAAGUCUUUUAAAUUGAACUAAACGUAUAAACUCAAGAGACGAUCACAAAUCAUUUCCCUCCCUGCAACCCUCCCUUUUUUAGUUCAUUAACUUUGGAGAGAAGUACUUAACGAGAACAGGAGAGGGGAAUGGGAGCCUUGUCAAUACAGCGGGCCCGGCGCUGGUCUCCCUGAAGCCCAUGGAGCAAUCCAUCAUAAUGACACAUAGGCUGGGAUCGAUGGGAAAACAACCAUGGAGCUGCUGAGGGGUUCGCCUACCACUCUGAAAUGUUCACUUGGUGUAAAAUCUAAAACCUGCUCAUUCAGCUGUUCAGCACUUCAGAGUUACUUUUGUUAUGUUAUACAUGGGAAACUUUAAUACAAUGUUAACUUUGUCAUGUCACAUACACUAUUAUACUAUUAUCCCACUGCACACACAUAACCCCUACAAGUUCAGAAUGCUUAUAUAUUGGGCAUACCACUCCUGCUGUCCAUUCUUUUUAUUCAGGAAAGAAAUACCUAACAUAUAAUUAAGGUUAGUUUUUUUACUUGGAGGCAAAACUCAACUCAUUUCUAUCACCUUUUUCUUUGCAUUGGACCUUUAUUUUGCACAUUCUUUGAUUAGUGUAAUUUCUAUGUUUCAAGUAAUGUAUUUAAAUCGAAACAUCAAAGUGUGUUAGUCUUGAAUCUUUAAAUUUAAACAUCCUCAUUGUUCCUCUGGUUGUUAAGUGUCAUAAAUGCUCUGACAUGUUUGUCUAGUCUAAAUUAAGCACGCAUUUGUUAAUGCAUACACUCAUACACUGAAAAAAUAAAUCCUUUAAAUUCCAA